UACACUCUUUUUCCGUCCAAUCGGUGCUUUGGGUUCUUGAAGCGCCCAUACUGCAUUUAUUCUCCACUUAGUAAAGGCAGUUUGGUGCGUCUUGUCUUGACUUCAGCGCGUCUUACACAAUACCGUUAAACUAUAUCAGAACAUAAAGUCGAAAGGAUAAUAAGCAAAAAGGAUUCAUCUACCGAACCGUUGUGGUGGAAUAUAUUAUUAUUUAAUUUUGUGAACGAAACAGUAUUUGUGUGUGUGUGUGAAAUGGAUAUUUUUCCCAAUAUGAACGAGGUGGAUUACAGCUGCACCUCAAACGAGAUGGAGGAGUGGUUUGGGUUGGGUACGCCCAUGUUCAUAUUUGCGGUUUUGAUGGCAUAUUUGCUGUUAAUUUAUAAAAUAUUACCGAAUUAUAUGGAGGAUCGUGAGCCGUACCAGUUAAAGACCUACAUUAUAGUCUACAAUGCAAUGCAAAUGCUGUCAUGUAUCUAUAUAAUCACUGGGAUUUUCCGUAUAGCCUCAACAAGCGUUUUUCAUUUCUGGGAUUGCCUUUUAUUAGAACCGAACUCAUAUUCGGAAUAUCUGUUUAAUCGCGUCACAUACUUUACAUUCUGGCUAAAGAUUAGUGAGCUGUCGGAAACUAUUGUAUUCGUAUUACGUAAAAAACAGAAUCAGGUGUCAUAUCUGCAUGUAUUCCAUCACUGCUCAACUGUUUCAUUAAUAUAUAUCCUGUGUACGGAUUAUAGAGGUACCUCACCUUUGUAUCCGAUUUUGCUCAAUUCCACUGUGCAUGUAAUUAUGUAUGCCUACUACUUGGCCGCAGCUGUGUGCGAUGCGGAAACUAUAAAGCGUUUAACACCAAUCAAGAAAUCGAUUACCACUAUUCAAAUGAUACAAUUCGUGCUGAUUCUUAUCCAAGCGGGAUUCUUGAUGUUUCGCUGCGAAAUAUCCAAGUGGGUUACAACUUACUAUUCUAUCGUUGUGAUUGUUAUAUUCUAUGGAUUUUAUGAUUUCUAUAAUAAGGCUUACAAAGCUGCUAAUAAUAGUAGAAUUAGUAAUAAGAGCAGUUAAUGCUUAGUUGUAUUUGUUAUUGUAAUAAAUUUAAUUUUUAUAGUUUUGUGUAAGCUGCUUAUAACUAAAUGGUCUUGAAAAAUUGUUUAAACAAAAACUCAUAAGAAGUUUUGUUUUAGUAAGUUUUGGUAAUAAUAUCUCUCGCAAAUAUUUUAAUUUUUAUAAAGCAUUUGGUAUUGAUUGAAGAGAUCAUGCUAAAUUUCUUGUUAUUAGCUCGUAAAAUAAACUUAAAUUAUUCCCUAAUUUUGAUCGUUCAAUUGGUAAGUUUGCUAUAUGCUACUGUGAUUUUUAAAUCAAAUUGUACAUGAAUUCGUAGAAAAUAAUGUAAGCACCAACAAACUUCGAACUAAAUAUAUGAUAUAAGGUCUAACUCUACACAUCUUUAAUACUUAUGAGUUAUAUAAUUUUAAAUUAAAGAAUUAAGACGCAAUAGAAA